AUGGAAAUGCAGCGCAAAAGUCCGAGACGGCGCUGGACGGCAACUCGAGGGAAUGGGGGAGGGCGCGGCGGAGGGGCACACGGAGACAGGGCACUAUUCCACUGGAAGCCGGGGGGUUUAGGGUUUAAGGAGCUCUGCUCCGUGGGGCGAAUACUCUCUGCCUACACGGGGUUUAACGAUCGUCUCGCCUCGCGAGACUGCAUCUCUCUGCAUUCGCCACCAUCGCCUAGUCUUGCUCAGGCGGGGGUAAUUCUGUGUUGUUACAGAAAGCAAAUGAGGCCUGCGAGUCACAACAUGUAUGGGCAACCAGCCUACACCUUGCCUCAGAAUCCUGUCCAGUACUACGCCGUUCCGGGGAAUUCCCCUGUUCCGCACUAUGGGAGGAACUCGCAAGACGCGCAACCGCAAUUGCAGCCCGUGUACUUGGUGCAUCACCAGCAGCCGGCAAUGGCGAUGCAACCGUAUCCUGCCGUAGUUGGGAUGCCGACGCAAGUCGUGGGGAAUCCCAUCCCGCAGGCUAUGGCGGUCCCAGGUGUUCCAGGAUAUGGCGCUCAGGGGUGGGCUUACCGGCCCGUAAUGGUGGAGCCUCCGCCCAACGUCCCUGUGUGGGGUUAUGGUCCCGAUCAGUCCCGGGGAUACAGUGAGCAGCAGCAGCAGCAGCAGGAGCUGAGGAAUUCAUCGAAUUGGCAGCGGGGCCCUCAGCAAGGGUAUGGUAGAAGCGGUGCGGCUGUGCCAGGGGGAUUCCAUGGGAGGGCAGAGGUUCAUUCUAGUUCACCAUCUCUCGGGAAUCCUAGCGGUGACAGCAGGAGGCCCGACAGGGGUUUUGAAAGCAGCAAUGGAGGCAGGCAUCACCCCUCUGGUGGCCCUGGGCGCCAACACAUGAAUCGUCAAGCACCUAUUCCUCAGUCUCCUGCAUCGUCGCAAUCCAAGCAGCUGAAUUGUGAAGCAUGUGAGAAGUCUUUUACAGUUCCUUCUCAAUACACAGCCCACAUGCACACUCAUGUACAGUGCGACGAAACUGGCUGUUCAUUUUCGGCUUCUGGGAAGGUUGUAAAGGAGCACAAGCUUACCGCUCAUCGCAAGUCUAAUAACCCAAAUGUCAUGGUGGCACUGAAAGCAUCGGAAGAAGAUGAUGAUGAAAUCCGAGCAUGGCGUGAAGAGCGAAUGAGAAAUUAUCCUACCCGGUCAAACAUCCAGCGCAAGAAAGAAGCACUGGAAGGAAAGGUGGCAAGAGGAGAACUGAUAGAUGAGGAUACAAGGAAGCGCCAACAGAGAAUGAAAGAGAUUCUGGCCAAACAAGCUGAGUUGGGGGUUCCCGUUGCUGAAGUUCCAGCACAUUAUUUAUCCCAGUCCUAUAAAGAAGACAGAGGAAGAGGUCGGAAGAGCUUAGCAGGGGAAGGAGUUACCACUUCUAUGAAUGGAGCAGAUUCGAAGAAACGAAAGCUUGAGGAGGAUGCCAGUGUUACCACAGGGACGGUAGAGCAGCCUUCGAAGUUCGCCCGAGUGAAUGUUGGUCUAAGUAACAGUGAUUCAAAUUCUGGUGCGGAUUUGCCAUCGAAAUCUGAGAGUGAGAAUCCUCAGGACAGAGUGGUAGCACAGUCCAUCGAAGAGUCAGAUACCAGACACGAGGACAAAGAUGAAGCAGUGGGUAAGCCCUCGGACAAACCUGGAAAAACGCAGUGUUAUUUCUACCAGCGAGGUCGUUGUAAAAAGGGAUUCAAAUGCCACUUUGCCCACACGGGGCCUCGUGGCAAAAAGGGCGGAGACAACGAGGCAGGCCGGGGCGGACCGAAAGGUGUGGGUGUGGAGAAGAAACGUCCUCCCACAUUGCUAUCGAAGCUUCUGCAGGGUGAAAUCAACCGAGACAAGAGCUACAUUUUGCAAUGUCUGAGGUACUUCGUAAAUAACAACUUUUUGUUGAACUGGCCUAAUCAGCUCUCGGAAUCCAUUGAAUUGCCAGAACAAUCAGAUGAUGCACACGAGAGCUCAGAUUACUCAGAGGGGGAGGUUGUGGAAGCACCUGACGUGCUAUUAGCCGACACUGCCAUCAUCAAUACCCUUCUUUCAGAACGACCUGAGGUUCUUGCCAAGGUUGUGGAGAUGGAAACUGAGGCCUAACGAGAUGUAAUUUUUUUUCCAAUCAUCCACAUAAAUAUUUGGGAAGAGGUUCUGUAGGGGACAUGUCACUUACAUUGGCCAAAGUGGGUCUCUUGUGUAUUAAAAUUAUUUAUAUAAAUAUCACAAUCAUGUUCAGCAAUGCACAA